AUGGGCUCAGUAGUCAACUGGUCAGGUCAAGGAUUGCAAAAACUGGGUCCAACCUUACCCUGUGAUGCUGAUACUCACACUCUGAUUCUGGACAAAAACCAGAUAAUUAAAUUGGAACACUUGGAGAAAUGCAGGAAUCUGAUGCAGCUCUCUGUAGCCAACAAUCGUUUGGUGCGAAUGAUGGGUGUAGCAAAACUGACUAAGCUCCGGGUGCUAAACUUGCCUCAUAAUAGUAUUGGGUAUGUGGAAGGGCUGAAGGAUUUGGUGCACCUGGAAUGGCUGAACUUGGCAGGAAAUAACCUUAAGGCCAUGGAACAAAUCAAUUCCUGUCUCUCUCUUCAACAUCUUGAUUUGUCAGACAAUAACAUCGCUCAAUUAGGCGAUGUUUCCAAGCUUAUGUCACUGAAGACGCUGUUGCUACAUGGAAAUAUUAUAACUUCACUUCGCACUGCCCCUGUUUGCCUACCUCAGAAUCUGACUGUUCUUUCUUUGGCAGAAAAUGAAAUCAGAGACUUAAAUGAAGUUUCUUUCCUGGCCUCUCUUUGUCAAUUGGAACAGUUGUCAAUUAUGAACAAUCCUUGUGUGAUGGCCACACCUUCUCUCCCUGGCUUUGACUACAGGCCAUACAUUGUCAGCUGGUGUCUGAACCUUAAAGUUCUUGAUGGAUAUGUGAUUUCUCAGAAGGAAAGUUUGAAAGCAGAAUGGCUCUACAGUCAAGGUAAAGGAAGAUCGUAUCGACCUGGACAGCAUGUUCAGUUAGUCCAGUACUUGGCUACUGUUUGUCCUCUUGUAUCUACAUACGGUCUCCAGACUGAAGAGGAUGCCAAACUGGAAAAAAUACUGAGUAAGCAGAGGCUCCACCAGAGGCAGCUGAUGCAUCAAGACCAAAAUGAAGGACCACCUACAUCAUCUACUCCCAACAAAACACUGCCAGUUACUUACGAACACAGCAGUCCAGCCCAGCCACCACAGAUAGUUCUUGAAAGUGAACCUAUCAUCCAGAAGAAUUCUUGGGUUGGACCGAGUGCAAACGAUGAUCAUUCCUAUGCAGUAAAGAACACUUUUCUUCUUGAAAGAAAUUUUCACAAGGAGCUCUACCUUGAAGAUAUACAGACAGAUGAAGACAAACUAAACAGCAGCCUGUUAUCCUCAGAGUCUACUUUCAUGCCAGUUGCUUCAGGAUUGUCUCCAGUGUCUCCUGCUUCAGACCUGAAGCUACAUGGAAUCAAUUUGGGCCUAGAAGAUGAUGACCAUACAGGGAUUGAAUGUGUGAGAGAUGUUAAUAGAGGAGAAACAGCUAACAAGCAAGAAGCUUCAUGUGCUACAAGAGAGCGCUCCAACAGAGCGGUAGGAAGUGUGGAAACUCAAGAGAAUAUCAAAGAGAGUAUGCUGUUGCCUUCUCCUGAUCCAGUAACAGCUAGCCCGACUGCUAAUACUAGCAACUGUUCAGGAUCCUCUGAAGACGAAGUUCUGCAUAGUCACCCCAACACCUCAGUAGGUGCUGAAUUGGGAGUUACAACUCUCUGUCCUGACCAGAUGGCAGGAGAAAGUUCUGAUUCAUUAGCUGUUGUUGAUCAAGGCACAGCUGAACUGCAAAGAAUGACUAAAGCAGCUACCAAACUUCAAUCCUGCUGGAGAGGAUUUUACACAAGGAACUAUCAUCCCCGAGCCAAGGAAGUGCGGUAUGAAAUUCGACUAAACAGAAUGCAGGAGCACAUCGUUUGCUUAACUGAUGAAAUAGAAAAACUAAGAAAAGAAAGAGAGGAAGAUAAGAUUCAGAGGCUUGUACAGGAGGAAGCUGUCAGAUUUCUUUGGAACCAGGUUAAAUCCCUUCAACAAUGGCAGCUUUCAGUGACACAAAAUUUAGGUGCCACUUGGCAACCUGUGAUCUCUUCAGCCAGUACUUUCUGUCCAUCCGAACCAUCUAUUCGAUCAUCCACACUUGAGCAAGAAACCCCACCAGAUGUUAGUUCUGCUUGGUUAGUUCCAGCUAGUGAUGUUCUUCAGGAAAAGUCUUCGUUGCAGUUCCCAGAUUCUGGUUUUCAUUCUUCCAUGGCUGAUCAGACUCAUGCCGGUGACUUAUGUAGCUCUGAAAAAAGUUUAACGGAAGGAACAGAGAGCUCUCUUUCAGUGGAAACUGUCAAACAAUGCGGCAAUUCUGUUUCAGCGUAUUCAUCAGAUGUAGAGGAUGACCAUGGGGAAUGUGGGCAAAGUAAAGACAGCUCUAGUAAUGAGCAGGACGACAAACUAAUACAACAGUAUUUGAAAUCUGUUCAGCAGCUGGAGGAGGCUGAUGAAGGGACAAACUGCAAUGAUGAAACAGGGGGUAGCUGGCCACAAAUCACUGUUUCAGCAGAAAGCCAAGAUUCUUUGUCUGACAGUGUCUCUGUAGAUCUCCCUCAAGAUGCAUCUUCCCCUGCCCGAGGUGAAAUCAGUCAGACACCAGAAAGCUGCAAACUGAAUUCGGGAAUAGUAGAAGGGAAGCAAACAGACUGUGAUUCUUCAUUUCAGAUGCUGCAUGUUGGGAUAGCUGUAUAGUAGGCUUAGUUCCACAAAGGACUAGGGAUUCCAUUUCACUUUCCGUUCUCUUUCUUUUUCCUGCUUAUACAAAACUUAUUUUUCAUGUGUGCUGUUUCAGAUUUUGACUCAUGUUACCAAUUUAUGUUUUAAUUAGUAUUUUAUUGAUGUCGCUGAGGACUGACACUGACUAUGCUAACCUGAAAUCAGCAAAGUUCUCAGUGACAGUCAUUAUGCACUUUAUUUUCCAACAGAAAACUGAUAUCCUAAUAACUGGCUUCCAUUAAAUUAAUUCUGAAGAUUGGGGGUGGUGUUUGCUGUAAAUUCACUUCGGUGAAUGUGUUAGUAAGUGUUUGAAUUUUUUUCUAAAAAGCAGGAUUGAGUUCUUACUGUGCAAAAGAGAAGGAAACAGUAUGGGAGGAAACGGAGUCAAUAUAGGCAGCGUGUGCGUGUAUAGAUACAGCCUGAUGAGAAAGAUGAAAGCAGUUGCCUUUCCGACUUCUUUUGACUUUAGCAAGAGCAGUUUGGUCAGUGUUUCAAAGAUGCAUUCCAUGAAACCAGUGUCCAAGUCAGUGAAUUCUUUUUGUCAUUUACAUGAAGCUGCUGGCUAGGAAUUAGGUCAUUUACAUAUGCACUGAAACAAGGACUUACAGAAGUCAGACCUUAGGGAGCUUCAAACAAACUUUUUUUCCCUGCUUUCUCAGGUAAGACUCCAAGUGAAACCAGUAGCAGCCUUUACUAAAUGAGAACGUCAAAAGGGCAUGUGAUUUGGGAACAUAGUUUCCAAGACUGCACUGCUGGGUGAUAGCCGCAGACUUGGUGACAUGUUUUGCCUUCACAAGGAUGCUGAUGUAAUUUUGGGAUGUGGAUCUGCAUGGCUUUCAAGACAUUAGUGUGUUUGAUGGAUCACAACUACUUCUAUCUACAGGUAUAAAUAUUAAAAGCAAAUGUCAUGACUUAAAACUCUCUCUUGACAUCUCUGUUGGGUUUUUUGUUUGUUUUUUUUCUCUGUAUGUCCAGUAUUUGACAUUCUAAUUAGAUGUGGAUAAAAAGCUGUAUUUCUUCCCUGUUGGCAACUGUGCUGAGUUACCUAGGCUAUGCUUUCCACUUAAACACUGGGCAAGUGGUAGGGUUUGUAUUCUGCCUAGCUGUUGCUAUGUUGGUUUUUUUAAUGGAAAAAGAUCAGGUAUCUUAGUAUACUGCAAAAGUGGCAAGGGAAAUCUGUUUUGCCAUGUGACUAGUAAAAUAAAAGUUGAUGUUGUGACUUCUAGGGGUCAGUUAAGUUUGCUAAUACUACAUUUUGCAAUGUGCACUGGAAGGCCAGUGUUUCAAUAGUAUGCUAAUACUAACUUCUCAGAUAUAAAGACACACGCAUACUAUAAUUCUCUGAAUCCACAGGCUAACUUCUGGUGCUAUGGUGUCAUUAAAAUCAACUAGUGCUGUUUUAAAGUGACUCUUAUGACCAUGUUACCAUGUAAAAUAAUUUUUGUAGAAGCUUUGGUUGCUUGUCUACUUUAGGUUUUGAGCUGAAAUUUACCACUACUCAGGAGUUUGGCAUGAGGCCAGCAUCUGCUUGAGGCCUCAAAAUAGCCUUUAUUUAGAACAUAAAUGUUGUGUAUUGGACUUGUACUAGCCAUAUGCCCAGCGGUGAAGCUCACCUUGGAAGAAUAAAGCUUGCCUCUGUGUAUAGAGUAGCAUCAUCUCUUUUUCCCCACCCCCCAAAAAAUAAGUUCUAGGGCACUAACUUCUCAAAAGAGCUGUCACCAUAGUCAAGCUGACAUUUGACUGUGCCUUGCAUACAUGAGAGCAUUUAAAAAAAAAAACCCAACCAAAGCAAAACAAACAACUGAGGUGGUGGAUUAUUAAUGUGCUACCUUUCUAAUUCAGUCUAGUUACAGCAUGUUUGUAGCAUAACCAUAUUCAUAAUUAGAUCUUAGAGCAUUAGUGUGCUUGGGUAUUGAAAGUGGUACAGGUGCAUUAAUGUAUCAAAACACCUAAUUAACUGUGCAAAGAAGUUUGUAGGCUACGUGAUCACACCCUUGUCCGCUGAAGGUUCUCAACUUGCAUUUAAAUUU